UGAAAAAUAAUAUAUUUUCAAAAUAGCGUAUCUACUUUCACCAACUUGAAAAAAGAUAAAAGCGUAUGCUUUAUCCUUCCCAAACCCACGUUACAAUUGUUGAUAGUCGAAAAAAGUCUACAUACCAAAGUGACAUUUUAUCUUCCCAUAAGCAAGGAAAUUCUAAUCUUGAAAAAAGUGUACAGUAUAUAACUGGAGUGUUUGUAUCAGUUUUUGCUUUAAUAUAUAAUCGAUUAUAUAUAAGAUAAGCCAAAGGUGAUACCUUUUAUCUUUCAAUAAUCAAGAAAGUUGAAAAAAAUGUUGCCCAAAGAACCAUCAUUUUGUAUAUAUAAUAAGGUGGAUGGGGUUGAUGAAUUAAAGGAAAAUCAAGAUUUGUUGAGGUCUGUUACAAUAGGGGAUCUUAUACCAGAUAUAGGAAGAAGUAGUAGUAGUGAUUUUAGUUUUGGGAAAAAGGUUAUGGGGUUGAUUGAGGAAGAUGAUGAUAAUGAAGAAGUUGAAAAAGAAAAUGAGAAAAAAAGGGUUUUUUGCGAUGUUAAUGAGCUGGGGUUUGAAGAGAGUGAAGUAGUAGUAAUUAGUGGAUUUGGGGUUGAUGGAAAUGGUGUGAAUGGUGUUGAGGCUUUAGAUUUUGAUGGAAAUGGAGAUGUUGAGGAAUAUUAUAAGAGGAUUGUUAAAGAUGAUCCCUUUAAUCCUUUGUUUUUGAGGAAUUAUGCUCAACUCUUACAGUCAAAGGGAGAUCUUUCUGGAGCUGAACACCAUUAUUUUCAAGCUACACUAGCAGAUCCAAAAGAUGGAGACACCUUGUCAAAGUACGCUAUAUUAGUAUGGGAGCUGCACCAAGAUAAAGAUAAAGCAUCGGAUUACUUUGAACGUGCAGUUCAUGCUGCUCCUGAAAACAGCAAUGUUCUUGCCGCAUAUGCUAGUUUUCUUUGGGAUACCAAUGACGACGAUAGUGAGGAUGAUACGAACAUGCAAAGUGAUAAGAAUAAGAUUGAGGAAUCUACUGUAUCGCGGGACCUGGAUUAUGAAGAAAAUAACACACCUGUUAGCUCUCCGUUACAUCUUGCAGCAGGACUUGGAAUUGGGGAUAAUAUAGUUGGUGGCGGCUCUCCUGUUGGUUAUACUGCAGAUAUAUCUGAUAUGGACGUAAAUGCUGAGGAGUACUACAUGAGAAUGAUCAACGAAAAUCCUCAUAAUCCCGUGCUAUUAAGAAACUACGCUAAGUUUCUUAGUCAGUCCAAGGGAGACCUACAAGGCGCUGAAGAAUAUUAUUCGCGUGCAAUACUAGCGGAUCCUACUGACGGAGAAACUAUAUCACACUAUGCUAUUUUGACUUGGCAACUUCAUAGCGACAAAUAUAAAGCCUCAUCCUACUUUAAGAGGGCAGUUCAAGCUUCUCCAGAAGACAGCGACGUGCUUGCUGCAUAUGCUAGAUUUCUCUGGCAAACAGAGGAAGAUGAACAUGAAGAAGAUGAAAUGUUAGAUGAUCACAAUGGAGCACCACUUCUGCAAGGACUUGUGGUUGCAAAUGUCUAAAUCCCGACGAUCCAAUUUCUCUUUUGGUAAAUCUUAACAAUAAUGUUAUUUUCUCAAGCUUUUCGUGUAAUCUAAAGAUUAGAGCUUCCUCUUGUUGUGGAGGAUCAAAUAUCCAAGAUUGUGACAAUUUUUAAAUGGCUCUGUGGUUUAGUGAGAAAUAAAAAUGUGCACACUAAUCGUAAAUUGACCAUGGA